AAUCGAGGAUACUUUUAUCUUGAAUUCUGGAUUAUUUUUUAUUUAAUAUUUUCUUGAAAUCCGGAUUCUUCUUCAAAAUUGACUUCGCUGGAAAGCUAGACGCAGGCCAUUGAAAUUACGACGCAGUUGACGCUCCAACAACGCCGGCAAGUUACCGGAGCUUCAGCACUGAGGAGAACAACUAGGAAAACUGAGCUCGAUUGGUUGCAGUUUUCUGGAUCCGUCACAUCCGGUUCUUCGUCAGCCGAUCUCUCUGUUUCAUUAUAUCUGGGAAAAGUAGUGAGGAUGUCGGUAAGAACUGCCAAAGUCAGUAAUGUUUCUUUAGGGGCUACAAUGCAAGACAUACACGAGUUCUUCUCUUUCUCUGGCGAUAUUGACUAUGUUGAAUUCAAGAGUGACAGUGAGCGUUCCCAAAUUGCAUUUGUUACCUUCAAGGAUGCUCAAGGAGCAGAGACUGCUGUCCUACUUUCGGGAGCAACAAUAGUGGAUCAAUCUGUGAUAGUAACUUUGGAUCCAGAUUAUCAGCUUCCACCUGCUGCCUUAGCACCACAACCUGUUAAAACGGAACAAAAAGCUCCAGAUGUUGCUGGAUCUGGGGAUGCGGCUGGGUCUGGAUCAGCACUUCGCAAAGCUGAAGAUGUAGUGACUGGCAUGCUAGCAAAAGGGUUUGUCUUAGGAAAAGAUGUUGUGGGCAAAGCAAAGUCCUUCGACGAAAAGCACCAGUUGACUUCCACUGCCACAUCAAAGGUUGUUUCUCUGGACAAAAAGAUCGGUCUGACCGAUAAAAUAAGCAUUGGGACUUCUGUUGUGAGCGACAAGGUGCGGGAAGUAGAUCAGAAAUUUCAGGUUUCCGAGAAAGCCAAAUCAGCUUUUUCAGCUGCUGAGGAGAAAGUCAGUAGCGCUGGAUCGGCGAUAAUGAAGAACCGUUACGUAUUCACGAGUGCAUCUUGGGUGACUGGUGCUUUCAAUAAAGUGGCCAAGGCUGCUGGAGAAGUUGGCCAGAAAACAAAAGAGAAGGUGGAGAAGUCGGAAGACAAGGAUAGGCAGAAAAUGGUGGGCGAUUAUGCACAAGUUCAUUUGUCUGAGUAAGAGCCUAAAACAUUUCAUUUUUCUAUUAUUAUCAUUGUUCAAUUAAUGUCAUAUGUUUAUUAGAUAUACUGUAUUAUGUUAUGCGAGUCUAAUAUGAUUGAUGCUGGCUGCUGCUGCCCGUCAAUGUAGAACUCAAUUAAACUCGUCAUAUAUAAGUCUAUGAAAGUAAGAAUUCUGAAGACC